UGCCGCGUGGCCGCUCUCACGCUUCUCUCUGUCGUGGUACUUGGAUCCUAAGGAUCCAAAAUCCAGAUUCCAGAGAGGUAGAAAGAAAAAGAAGAGUCAACAAAUCGAAAACGCUAUCAGACUUAUCUCUGUUUUUACUCGUGAUUCAUCUGCUUUUGAUAAGUUACAAAAGAGAUUAUAUUGAAUACAAGAGUAAUUUUACAAAAAUCGGAAAAUACCAUGAAGAAGCAAUUUGACGAGUUCUUAGGAGGAGCUCAGUCACUUCCACAUGAGGUGUCUAUCAUGAACUUUAUCUCUUCACGAGCUCAUGAAAUUUCUGCGAUGACAUCUUCAAUAGAAAAUCCUAAACAAACCAAGUUAAUAUUUCAAAAGCUUCCUGUAUAUAUGCGUAGACGUGUUAUGUCUCAUAAUGUCAAACGAUUGCCACGUAGAUUGCGAGAAGCACAUUUGGCACAAAUGGCAAAAUCAGGGAAUGGCAAAGAUUUACCAUCAACCAACAAGCGACUAUCUCGAAAGUAUCGUAGAAGACCGCGCAAUUUACUUUCUGAAUAUAGUCGCAGACAACAUGAUAAAAUUUGGUUAGAAACACAUAUUUGGCACGCAAAACGUUUUCACAUGGUUGACAAAUGGGGAUAUCGAAUUGCGAGUCACUCAAAUGAUAAGUGUUUUAGAGCUAAUUAUCGAGCUGCUGCAAAAUAUUGCCUUCUGCAAGAUAUUUCUUAUUAUACUUGUAUUGAAAUAAAAGGAGAGGAAAAUAUACUGAAGACAACUUUGGGAAUGCAUUGUAAUCCAUCGAUGUUAACUUUUUCAGCAAAAAAAUAUAUUAAUGGUCAGAGAGAAGGUACUUUGAUGUUUUUUAAAAAAAACGGUUAUCCGCAUUUUCCUAUUGGUAAUGUGGACUUUUUCUGGCAACCAAAUAAAUUGGACAUCCAAACAAAUAUUAAGACUAUUUGGAUCUGGGUACAUCCUGCUUUUUAUGACGAUUUUCUUAGUGAAAUUAUAUCAAGUUUUGAAUUUAAGCAAAAUAAUGCUGAACAAAAUAUAUCUGAUAUUAUCCAUAACUUAAACUGUUUAUACACGAAUGAUGUAGGUUGUAAAAUGAUCAUAUUAAGAAAUGCAUUAAAUAGAUUUCGGCUUCAUGGAACAUCGACUUUAAAUGUACUAACGAAAGCAUUACAAUUGCCAUCCUUAAAUAAAAUAUAUACGGACUUUUGUUCGAAUUAUACAAUUCUAAAAGAUAACGAUGGUCUAAGUAGUAAAAUGAUAGAGUUGAACAAAAUAUCAGUAGAUAACAAUGUUGUGCAACCUAUAGAGAAAAUGGCGAUUGACCAAAUAAGUGAAGAAGAUACUACAACUUCCAAAUAUUUGAGUAUAGAACUUAGUAAAAAACCAUGGUAUAUUAAUUACUACAAAAAACAAGAAAAUAUGAAAGCUUUCGAGACACAAGAACAAUUAUGGCAAAUACUGAAGUCUUUGGGAUCUCCAAAUCACUUACCAACAAAUAUGAUUAUUGGAGUAACUGUUUUAGAUCCACGCUUCUACUUGCCUAAGAAGAAAACAAAAUGUAAUACUGAAAUAACAGAAGCUUUUUCUCGAUUAAUUUCGAUUGAUCAGCCAGUAAUUAAUUCCAACUGUUCUCCUAUUUGGGAUACAGAAAUACGCUGUAUUGUAAGUAGUACUUGCAUACCCACAGGCAUUAUUAAUAAACUGAGAAGUGAAAGUCUUGUACCUGGUGUAUCAAAUGAUCAAUAUUAUAAUGAAAACAUUAUGGCAAAAAUACCUAUACUUCUUAUUCAGAAGCCUGGAACUAUUACAGGUUUAUGUUCUAGUAUGGAUGUUAUUGUACCAACCAAAUGGGCAAUGCCGUUUUGGCUUGCAUUUUUAAUGCAAUGUACAAAAGUAGGUGCCCUUCAAGAAUCAAAAUCGAUAGCUUUUGAAAGUUUGAAUCCAAAUACGGCCGAUAUCAAUGAUCCUGACAGUCCUGCAUACAUGAGAGAAGCGUUGAUUAUAAAGGAGCAAUUGACCAAAAAGUAUUUCCGCUAUCCACCAAAUAGAAGAGUUAAUUUUGUCAAACUUGGAAUUCGUAGCCCUUUCUUUUGCGAUUGGAAAAAUUUGAUGGAAAAUUGGUCGGGCAACGAAGAUUUUUAUGUUUUAAGGAAUCGUGAACUCUUAACACUUUUAGAAGCGGGUAUUUCUGCUGCCAAAAAUAAAAAUGCAAAAUUACUUGCCCAAAACAAACAAUUCAAUUUUCCAGAUUUAGAUAAUUAUAAAAAUUGCCUGAUACGUAUUCAGAUAUCUAUGAUGGGAAAAGGUUCGCCGAAGAAAUUUGCCAUCAUAUGCAUGCCGACAUUCGAAGAUUUGAACCAUUUUGAAAAUAACAAGAAAUGGUUUGGACCUAUAGAAAAAUGUCAUAAUGAUCCGAACGAAAAUAUUCGUAAAGGAUUACGAAAGAAUCAUUUAAUACUAUUAAAACGACUAAGACGUCAAAGAGUUCGACGGAAUCAAGCAUUGAAAGAUAAUGCGUUAAAAUUACUGAAAGAAUCUACCGACAAAUUUAACGAAAGCAAACGUAUAACUAUUUCAUCACAUCGUAAAAUUAUAUCUGAUCAAUUGAUAAAAAUAUCUGAAUUGUAUCUCCCAAAAUGUACAGAAGUUCGCUAUUCUUGCGAUAGAGAAGUUAUGGGAUAUAUAGUACUAGGAGAUUUUUCGUUCAGUCAAGCAAAGGGUAUUGGCAUCGGAUAUAUUACAUUACCGUCACUACUCGGAAUAAUUAACAAAAAAUCUAACAUUGUUCUUAUUAGAAAUACUCAAACACGACAAUACAGAUUAGCAGAAUUAAAUAUAUUAGGUGUUUGAUAUAAUGUAUAUUGUAUAUUUUAUAUACUUUGUACAUACAACGUGUGAAACGUGAUACGUGCGUAUUUUUUAAAUGAUUUAUAUGUUAAUUAUUUUAUCUUUUAUAUUUGAAUGAAAUAUAUUAUAUAUAAAGAAGA